GAUAAUUCAUCAUCGCUGGAGGGGAAGAAGAAUUUUACAGCCAGCCUUAAAAUUAAUCCCAAAUGAGGGAGUCUCCUUCCAACACGAACUGAAAAUUGGCAGGUCACUUGCUCUGCGAAGGAACGGUUUCUGCCUGCACGUUUCGGAGGGCACUAGGACCCUGCGCGGGAGCAGCAGGACGAAGGCAAAGAAGACAAUAAUUUGUUCCAUUGUAAUGAGAACUGUGAGUGUUGGCAAGGGGCACUUUUUCACAGGGCCUGCCUUCUUCCACUAACGAUUUUCAGUGCCUCCUGUUAGCCAACCCGGACAAUUUGUUCAGUUAUUGCAACGGUCAACAUAUUUGAUCUUGCGCGGGGGGUGGGGAGAACCCCUCUCCAUCAACAGUUUAAAUUAAGAGAGGGGGUGGAAUAUGAAAGCAAAGCCCAACUCAUCAUCAGCCUAUGCAGGAGCAGGAGGGGUUUGGGAGUCAGCUGUAUGCAGGAAAUCUCUCACAUCCUGAGUUUCCGUGCUCUCUCUCUCUCUCUGUAAUUGUAUAUUAAUGGGGCUGUUCUCCAGCCCCAGCUGAUGAAAGUUUUUCUCUCAGUCUAGGCUAAGAUGUCCAUGCGUCGCCAUGCAGAGCGGCUACGCUCCUUUCCUCCUCCUCCUCCUCAGCCCCCUGCCCAGCUCUUGCUCCUGCUGCUGCUCAGCCUCUUAAUAGCACCACCAUCCGGGGCUCAAGCGGGGAAUGCAAAGCACAAGAUGGAAUUCUCCAGGCAAUGGAUUCAAAAGAACCAACCGGCACACUAUGAAAUAAUAGUCCCUUAUCUCCUGAGUAGUGAACAGUGGACACCAUUAAAAAGCUUCAAGACUCACCCAGCAGUGCUGAAACUUCUUAUACAAACUGAAAGUGAGCAACUUGUCAUCAUUCUGGAGAGAAAUGAUGACCUUUUUGCUCGCAACUUCACAGAAACACACUAUUUGGAAGAUGGUACUGGUGCUGUUCUUCCACGUAAUUACACGGCUCAUUGCUACUACCAUGGUCACGUGCAAGAUUACGCCGAGUCUGCAGUAACUUUGAGUACAUGUUCUGGACUCAGGGGACUUAUUUUGUUUGAGGAUAAUGCCUAUAUUUUGGAGCCACUGGAAGGUGCUACGAAUGAACAUAUAAUCUACCAAGCAAGGGACUUAAAACUAGCUCUGGGUUCUUGUGGUCAUCAUCUCAACAUCUCAGACAUCACUCUGGAAGAUACCACACAUACUACCCAGAAAUCUGCUAGCAGGCGCAAGAGGGAAGCCCUGAAAUCUACCAAGUAUGUGGAACUCAUUAUUGUGGCCGAUAAUCGAGAGUUUCAGAGACAGGGCAAAGACGUGGAGAAAGUGAAGCUGAGGCUGAUAGAAAUUGCAAACUACGUUGAUAAGUUCUAUAGGCCACUAAAUAUACGAAUAGCCUUGGUUGGAGUGGAAGUCUGGAAUGACAUGGAUAAGUGCACAAUAACCCAGGACCCCUUCACCAGCCUUCAUGAAUUCUUGGACUGGCGAAAGUUGAAACUUCUACCUCGUAAACCCCAUGACAAUGCACAACUAGUGAGUGGAGCUUACUUCCAAGGUACUACCAUUGGCAUGGCACCUAUAAUGAGCAUGUGUACUGCAGAGCAGUCUGGAGGUAUUGUUAUGGACCAUUCCGACAGCCCUCUGGGAGCAGCAGUAACUCUGGCACAUGAGUUGGGCCAUAAUUUUGGGAUGAACCAUGAUACACUGGAAAGAGGUUGCAACUGCAAAGCAUCUGCUGACAAAGGAGGCUGCAUCAUGAACCCUUCAACAGGCUACCCAUUUCCUAUGAUGUUUAGUAGCUGCAGCAAGAAAGACCUGGAAAGCAGCUUGGAGAAAGGAGUAGGGAUGUGCCUAUUCAACCUGCCUGAAGUUAAGGAAUCUUUCGGUGGUCCAAAGUGUGGGAAUGGCUAUGUAGAAGAAGGAGAGGAGUGUGACUGUGGGGAACCUGAGGAAUGUACAAAUGAAUGCUGUAAUGCUACUACUUGCACUUUAAAACCAGGAGCAGUAUGUGCCCAUGGGCUUUGCUGUGAAGACUGCAAGCUGAAGCCAGCAGGGGUCUUAUGCAGGGACUCCAGUAAUUCCUGUGACCUUCCUGAAUUCUGCACUGGAGGCGGCCCUCUCUGCCCAGCCAAUGUUUACUUACAUGACGGGCACCCCUGCUACAGGGUAGAUGGGUAUUGCUAUAAUGGCAUGUGCCAGACACAUGAGCAGCAAUGCAUCACACUCUGGGGACUAGGUGCUAAACCUGCCCCUGGGAUAUGCUUUGAGAGAGUCAAUUCUGCAGGUGAUCCUUACGGAAACUGUGGAAAGGAUUCCAAAAGUUCGUUUGCCAAAUGUGAACCCAGGUAUAUGCUCUUGUCGUGCCUAAUUGGAAAAGAGGUUGGAACUGUGCCAAUGUUAGAUGCUAACAUCAUUAAAAUGAUUAACAUUAUUUCUUUUCCCUUUAGAGAUGCUAAGUGUGGAAAAAUUCAGUGUCAAGGGGGAGCAAAUCGACCUGUAAUUGGUACCAAUGCUGUCUCCAUAGAAACAAACAUCCCAUUACAAGAAGGAGGCAAAAUUCUAUGCCGUGGAACCCACGUAUACCUGGGCGAUGACAUGCCUGACCCUGGUCUUGUCCUUGCUGGAACAAAAUGUGAAGAUGGAAAAAUCUGCCUUAACCGCCGCUGCCAAAAUACCAGCGUAUUUGGGGUUCAUGAAUGUGCAACAAAAUGUCAUGGACGUGGAGUCUGCAACAAUAAAAAAAAUUGCCAUUGUGAGGCCCACUGGGCUCCUCCCUUUUGUGACAAGGCAGGAUUUGGUGGCAGUGUAGACAGCGGGCCAGUUAGACAAUCUGAUAAAAGAAGCUUAAUAAUAGGGCUACUCAUUACCACCCUGUGCCUUCUGGUUGCUGGUUCACUUAUGUACAUCAAAAGGAAGAUCUUGAUUAGAUUGUUCUUUAUUAAUAAGAAGACUACAAUAGAGAAACUAAGGUCUGUGACUCCAGCAAGGCCUUCCAGUUCAUUUGAACCUAAUCAUGUUCCCACCACAACCCACAGUAGUACAAAUCUGGUGAAAAAGUCACAAAAUUUGAAUACAUCUAAGAGACAUCCACAAGGAUUGCAACGAUAUCACACAGGUAAUGUUAGUAAUCCUGUGAAGACACAGAAUACACCACGGUUGAGCCCACCAGAGCGUAUUGUCCCACCCCUGUGUGAAUUACCGUGUCCGCAGCCCACAUCCAGAAGGUUGCUGCCUGCCAGCCCCUCACCCAGAUGUGAUCAGGAAUCUUUCAAGCCAAGUCCUCCACGAAAACCUUUGCCAGCUGAUCCUCAGAAGAACAAAUCUGCUCAGUUUAAGAGUUCCACAGAACCUGUGCCUCAAAUUGCCCCUGUCAGGCCUGCACCUAAACAACCACUUCAGAUGCAUAGAGCCUGCAAUACUGCCUAUAUGAAAUGACACCAUGGAAUAUUUGUAUCCUGGAAAGUGAAGACAGAAUUUUGCACUAUUUUCAUCUCCAGUUGGAGAUCAAUAUUUUUAUAUCAAUAGGUAGAAUUUUUAAUGUUCAAAACCCAUUAUUUUAAAGAACUCUGAGCUACUGCCUUUGGUGCUAUGCUGUGUGAAGGUGGUUUGCUUCUUUGCUCAGGUACUUGUAAAUUAUUAAUUUAUAUUUAAUAUUUAUUACAGUGCAGAGCACUGUAGUAGAUAUUGUUUCACCAUAGCCAAGUUUUCCUAGGAAGGAAGCCAUUUUUGUGAUGUUUAAACAGUCUUGAACCAUCCAUUACAUAUUUCUCAAUGUUUGGUACAAACUCCUCAAAGUUUGUUUAGUUUGGACCUGUUCCUAUACAGAAAAUUGAGUAAAGCUGAACUGAAACUUUGCUGAAACCAAGAGACAGGUGAAAUUUCAAAAGCUAGUGGCUGAUAUUUUGUCAAAAGAAUCUGGAGGGGAAAUAAUACUUCUAGGGUGUAUUUUCAAGGAAGGUUAAGAAAAUAAGUGCCAAAAUGAAGAAUUACCCAAAUGUCUAGGUUUAUCAGGUCCUAGGUAUUUGCUCUAUCAUCAAAUAGAUGUACAUUUUCCGCAUAAAAAUUCAGAUUUUACAAAGCACAUGCUUUUCCCUAUACAACCAGACUAUCAUUGUGUGUUGUAACUAAGAAUUCUAAAUGGCCUGAUCCUGUGCACUGCCAAACCCUGCUUAGAGGGAUAGAUCUGCUGACACAGCACUACAGUAGUUACUUGUGCUCUGACCACAAUACUUAACCCCAGCCAACUUGGUGGUUCAACAAAAAGCUCUUCACUGCACGAUAGUGAUCGCUCACCCAUCUGUCAGUGGGCACCCUUUGCGGGGCCGUGCACAGCGCCCCCAAUCCACUGGAGACUCACUAGAAAUCAGCAUUCUCAUUUUGAUGAGAACUCUGGCCCCAAAGAUCAAGUUUCUGACAUUUGACACUGGAGGCCACAGCAACAGCUUUCAAAGUUAGUUUCACAAAAGUGUUCAUUUCAACUCUAGUACUUGCUCUCAUUGAGCAGUCAUCAGAUUUCAAGUUAUAAUCCCACUGGUUUUGAUAAAUCUUCAAACAGAUCACACAAACUAUUUUUUCUCCUAUUAUACAGUGAAAACCCCCUACAUCUGGCACGUCUCAGUGUUCUAAAUCUUAAAAGGCCUGCUAUAGCUGCUUGAAACUAAUUGAAAGUCUGUAUUUCAAGAGAGUAUAUAGGAUUUCAGCAUGUUUUCUUAAUUAAAAAACUGUAUAUUGCACAAGACAGUUUAAAAUUCAUUGUUUUUGUUGGA